UCCUCUUCCAACUCAAAACUAUCUCGAUGAUUUCAAGAAUAACAAAGAGAAGAUUUUGGGAAAACCAAAAGGAAGAAGAGAGACGUCUACAUGUUCCAAAAAUACAAUGGGCUUGUCCUCCAAAAUUUACCAUGGAUUCUAACUGGCAAGUGGCGGCGGGAGAAGAGAGCACAGAGGCAGUUAUCCUCAGACGUGUACCAUCUGAUCCAAGACUUUCUGCAGCAUUCUGUAGGGCUGGUGAUAAAACUGAUAGCCAAACACCUGUAAUUCCUUUAAUUUCUAUUGAGGAAGCCAACCAACAAGAAAAUAGUGCAUCUCCAUUCCUGAUCACAGCUGCUGCAAUGAAUGAUGAAACGAUGGCCCUUGCUAUGACGGCCAUAACUGCUUUAAACAAAUGUGUAUCAAGCCAAGGUGAACACACUGAGAUUGAUAUGGACUCAUUCAUACAAUUGCUCAACAGCUCAAAAACUAUUCGGGACGUGAUUGAUCCUUCCCUCAGGAAUGAGUUAAUUGCAUUGCCAAACGCCAACCAGCAGAGUGAUGCUGAUACUUGAGAGCUUUUGUCUUCCUUUUCUCGCUCAACCCCUCUAAUGCAUUUUAUACAGUGCAUUACCUGCACAGCAAGUCCGCCGACCAAGCAUUACCUUCUCAAAUAGCUAGUCAAGUGGAGGCACUUGUGGAUCGUUGUAAAAGAAAGAUGGACCUGCAAUACAGAGGUUUGGGGAGAGGAAAUAUUUUUACAUUAGCUAUGUUGUUGGCUCAACUAUAUUGACUUUCCUUUUCUUGAGAUUAUGCAACAAGAUAUGUCUCCCUUUUGCGAUAUG